CAUGAAAAACUUGUUAAGUGUUAAGGAACAUUUAAUGCUCACAUGAAUAUUUAAAAGUAUAUUUUGAUAUGAUAUAUGUGUCUCUGAUGACAGAAUAUCUAUCAAAAUAUACACUGUUGAAUAAACUUUCUUGGUUGAAUGUAACAAGAAAACGGUUUGUUUGUUGUUUUUAUCUUAGCUGAUGUGUUUAAACUACGUCAAAAAUAUAUUUUUUACGUCAUUUAUGUUCACAUUCCUUUUCGGACAUAAAUAGACAAAACUGUUUUUAUAAUCAGGCAUAGGAAAGAAAAUCGACAUAAUUACAAGGCAUUUGUUUCAGUGUCAUCUAGUGGCUAAUUGUUGACAUAGCAACUUUCUUUUUAGUAUGUAAAUGUAUAAUAAAUAAAUGAUUUGAUAAAUCAAUAAAUACCCGUUCAUUAGUUUAUUGUAUACUAUCGUUUUGACAAGAUAAAGAGCGGGCAGCCAAUUAUAAUUCUAAAAAUACAGGUCCCCUGGUUUUCCACGAUUCCAAUAGUUGUUUUUCUUUGUGAUUUUAACUACCACGAUUAUCAUCUAAUAAUUCCGAUUUUACUACGUCAUAAUUAUUACUCCUUAUCUCAUAAUUUUGAUUUUUCAUCUCAAAGUUUCGACACUUUUCUUUUAGAUCUUUUAUCUAAUGUUUCGUCUUAUUGUCAAACGUUUGCGACUUGUUUUACGCAAUUCUAUUGUAGUAUCUAACUAUUUGUCACUUUUCUGUUACUUAUGACUUACUUUAAACGAAUAAAGAAAUAUUUUGAAAUUUUAGUUGUGUUGCUAUAGUAACAGGACUCAGUUGCGGUGCAGUAGCAUCGUCUACUCUACGCGAAUUUGGUCACAUAUAAAGAGCCAGGGCGGUGAAAAGAUCAAUACUAUGGAGGCUUCCUCACAGCUCAGAGGUAGUGGAGGAGGAGGUCUGUGGAACCACACCAGAGCUGCUCCGUACAGCAGGGACACCCAGGAAAUGUUGAGAUUGAUGAUGCAGGAAUCGAGACUCACCAACCUGCAGAGAAGACAGAUCAACGACUGUCUGAACAAUGGCGCAGCGCUGCCUCUGGCCUCUGACCUCAGGUCUCCUCCUCAGGCCCCUCAGUCCAAACCCAGUGAACGUGUCCAGAGAGAGCUGUUGGGAAAACCCCUGAGACGCAGCGCUGAGUCAUGUCGCUCAGGAAAUAGCUAUGUCAGAGAAAAGUUCUGUCCUGGUCCCAAAAAGGAUUUAGAGAAAGAAAAGAGGAGACUUCAAAGCUUGAUGGCCACAGGACAAGAAGAGCCAACAGUUUCAUCUAACGCAAAUGUUCCUGCAAAAGUGACAGAGGAGAAAGAUCGGUUCCAGGAGGUUUUGGAUGAGAUUGAGGAAAGGCGUCAGUUUCUGGCAGACAUGGCUUCUCUGGGUCAAGAGAAGAAGUACAUUCACAUCAUUACCGCUGAAAUAUCACAGAAAAUUAGAGAACUGGAGGUUCUGGAAAAGACCUGCCAUAAGGACCAAGAGGAAGAAAGAAAAAGAGGAGCAGACUAGAAAACGCCAGACUGACAUCACCAGGCUGAGAUUUGGAAACCCAGAAACUUCUGCAUAGCUGGC